AGGAAGGGAAUAAAUACAAGAUGGCUGCUCCUAUAAAACCAGGCGUUGGGCUUCUCCCCAGUGAUGGGCGAAUAGAAGCUUUAACCCGUGCUUUGAGGCCGCUCCAUUGCUACCACCCGCACUGCCGCCAUCCCCGGGGGCUAGUGGGACUCGGCCGGCCAUCAACGCGCUCAGCCGCUCCCCAUCUUUAUCCGCUGGGGCCGAGGUCGGAGUGUGGAGCCUGAGAGGCCUAGGCCAGGCCCCUGCAUCCUCCUUCCUGGGAGAGCAACGGCGGCCCCCGCCUGCCACCCUGCUGCUCUUAUCCAACUGGGCCCAGGCUCCCUCUGGCUAUGGCGGUCUCCAGGCUUGAUCGUCUCUUCAUUUUACUGGACACUGGUACCACACCGGUAACAAGAAAAGCAGCUGCACAGCAACUUGGGGGGGUGGUGAAACUCCAUCCUCAUGAACUGAAUAAUCUCUUAUCUAAAGUGUUAAUAUACUUAAGGAGUACAAAUUGGGAUACUCGCAUUGCAGCUGGUCAGGCUGUUGAAGCAAUAGUGAAAAAUGUACCCGAGUGGAAGCCAACUCCAAGACCAAAACAAGAAUCUGAUUCAGAAAUUCCUAUGGAUGAUUCAUGUGCCAGUGAUCGGCUGCAUUUUGAUAGAUUUGAUAUCAGUCGACUGUUAAAACAUGGAGCAUCUCUUCUUGGAUCUGCUGGUGCAGAGUUUGAGGUCCAAGAUGACAAAUCAGGUGAAGUUGAUCCUAAAGAGAGGAUAGCACGACAAAGGAAACUGUUACAAAAGAAACUUGGCCUUGAUAUGGGAGCUGCAAUUGGAAUGAACACUGAAGACCUGUUCAAUGAUGAGGAUUUGGACUAUACUCCUACUUCAACUUCACUUGUAAACAAACAACCUACUCUUCAGGCUGCUGAGUUGAUUGAUUCAGAAUUUCGAGCUGGUAUGAGCAGUAGACAAAAGAAUAAAGCUAAAAGAAUGGCUAAGCUAUUUGCAAAGCAAAGAUCCAGAGAUGCAGUAGAGACCAAUGAGAAGAGCAACGAUAGCACUGAUGGGGAACCAGAAGAAAAGCGCAGAAAAGUAGCAAAUGUUGUCAUCAACCAGCCUGCCACUGACUCAAAAGUUCUGGUAGACAAUGCACCAGAAGAGGCAAAUGAAUGGCCUUUAGAAAGCUUUUGUGAAGAAGUAUGCAAUGAUCUUUUUAACCCAUCCUGGGAGGUUCGGCAUGGUGCAGGCACUGCGCUGAGGGAAAUACUUAAAGCACAUGGGAAAAGUGGUGGCAAAAUGGGAGACAGUACUGUAGAAGAGAUGGCUCAGCAGCAUCAGGAAUGGCUGGAAGACUUAGUUAUUAGACUCCUUUGUGUGUUUGCAUUAGACAGAUUUGGAGACUUUGUUUCAGAUGAAGUUGUAGCACCAGUACGUGAGACUUGUGCUCAGACUUUGGGAGUAGUCCUGAAACAUAUGAAUGAGACUGGAGUUCAUAAAACUGUGGAUAUUCUCCUGAAGUUGCUUACACAAGAUCAAUGGGAAGUGAGACAUGGUGGUCUGCUAGGAAUAAAGUAUGCUUUGGCAGUUCGUCAGGAUAUGAUUAAUACUUUACUGCCUGAAGUCUUGCCUGCAAUAAUUGAAGGUCUCCAAGACCUAGAUGACGAUGUCCGAGCUGUUGCUGCAGCAUCUUUAGUACCAGUAGUGGAAAGCCUUGUUCAUCUUCAAUCGCAAAAGGUGCCCUUUAUUCUUAAUACAUUGUGGGAUGCCCUUCUGGAAUUGGAUGAUCUGACAGCUUCUACAAACAGCAUCAUGAUCCUUCUUUCCUCCCUUCUAACUUAUCCUCAAGUCCAAAAAUGCAGUAUCCAGCAAUCACUCACCAUUUUGGUCCCACGUGUAUGGCCAUUCUUGCAUCAUACUAUAUCAUCUGUUCGAAAAGCAGCAUUGGAAACUUUAUUUACGCUGUUAUCUACCCAAGACCAGAGUUCUUCAGCCUGGCUAACUCCGAUUCUGCAAGAUAUGUUGAGGCACAUUUUUCAGUUUUGUAUCUUAGAAAGCAGCCAAGAUAUUCUGGACCUUAUUCACAAGGUGUGGCUAGAACUGUUAAACAAAGCAUCAGUACAAUACGUGGUAGCAGCGGCUUGUCCAUGGAUGGGAGCCUGGCUCUGCUUAAUGAUGCAGCCUUCUCACUUGCCUAUUGAUUUAAAUAUGUUGCUAGAAGUAAAAGCCAGAUCGAAGGAAAAAGCAGGUGGCAAGCUGCGUCAAGGUCAAACCCAGAACAAAGAAGUGAUACAGGAGUAUAUUGCUGGUGCAGACAGCAUUACAGAAGAUCCGGCAACCAGGGAUUAUGUUGUUAUGCGAGCCCGGGUGAUGGCAGCAAAGUUGUUAGGAGCACUUUGCUGCUGUAUUUGUGAUCCAAGUGUAAAUACCGUACCUCAAGAAAUAAAGCCAGCUGAAUCUCUAGCUCAGCUACUGCUUUUCCAUUUGAAUUCAAAAUCUGCCUUGCAGAGGAUUAGUGUUGCGUUAGUAAUCUGUGAAUGGGCUGCCUUGCAAAAGGAAUGUAAAGCUGUGGCCCUUUCUGUGCAGCCACGCUUACUUGGAGUCCUUUCUGAGCACCUCUAUUAUGAUGAAAUUGCUGUUCCUUUUACACGAAUGCAGAAUGAAUGUAAACAGCUCAUUUCCUCACUAGCUGAUGCACACAUUGACAUUGGGAGCAGAGUAAACUACAGUGUGUUUACAAUAGAUCAAGCUAAUGAACUGGUUACUACUGUCUUCAAUGAAGUUACAUCAGCUUUUAAUUUAAAUCCUAAUAUUUUACAACAAUUGGACAGUAAACGACAACAAGUCCAAAUGACCGUUACAGAAACAAACCAGGAAUGGCAAGUGUUACAGCUGCGAGUCCAUACUUUCGCUGCAUGUGCUGUUGUGAGCUUGCAACGACUUCCAGAAAAACUAAAUCCUGUCAUAAAACCUUUAAUGGAAACUGUCAAAAAAGAAGAGAAUACACUGGUACAAAACUAUGCAGCUUUAUGUGUAGCUAAGUUACUUCAACAGUGUUUAUCAAGAUCUCCAUGCCCCAACUCGAAGAUCAUAAAAAAUCUCUGCAACUCUCUCUGUGUGGACCCGCAUCUUACUCCCUUAGCAGCAUGUCCUGCGCAACCUCAAAGCAGCCAUGAAAAUUCUAAAGGACCCAGCACUGAGAGAGAUGGGAUGCACCAUACUGUCACCAAGCACAGAGGAAUAAUUACACUGUACAGACAUCAGAAAGCUGCUUUUGCCAUCACGAGUAGGCGAGGUCCUACACCAAAGGCUCCAAAAGCCCAAAUUGCAGACCUUCCCACAGGCAGUAGUGGGAACAUCACCACAGAACUUGAUGAGGCUCAGAAGCCAUAUAUUGUACAGAGGAGAGGAGCGGAAUUUGCCUUAUCUACUAUAGCUAAACAUUUCGGUGCUGAAAUGGUACUAGGAUUGCCACAUCUCUGGGAUGCUAUGGUUGGUCCACUAAGAAAUAAUACUAACCUAAACAGUUUUGAUCGGAAGUCCUUACUGGAAAAGGGAGAUAUGUCUGCUCAGGAGUUGGUUAAUUCUCUACAGGUGUUUGAAACAACAGCAGCUUCAAUGGACAUUCAGCUUCACCCUUUGUUGAUACAGCAUUUGCCUCAUCUUUAUAUGUGCCUUCAACAUCCGAGCACUGCUGUGAGACACAUGGUUGCUCGUUGUGUAGGUGUCAUGAGCAAAAUAGCUACCAUGGAAACAAUGAAUAUUUUGUUAGAGAAGGUUAUUCCGUGGCUGGGAGCAAUAGACGACAAUACCAAACAAGAGGGUGCAAUUGAAGCACUUGCUUCUGUAAUGGAACAGCUAGAUGUUGGUAUUGUUCCAUAUAUUGUCCUUCUAGUGGUCCCAGUUUUGGGUCGAAUGAGCGAUCAGACGGACAGUGUACGUUUCAUGGCUACUCAGUGCUUUGCAACUCUAAUUAGACUAAUGCCCCUUGAGGCUGGCAUUCCAGAUCCACCGAACAUGUCUGAAGAAUUAAUCCUACUGAAAGCCAAAGAGCGCCAUUUUCUGGAGCAACUAUUGGAUGGAAAAAAAUUGGAAAACUAUAAAAUUCCGGUCCCAAUCAAAGCAGAGCUCAGAAAAUAUCAGCAGGAUGGUGUGAAUUGGCUGGCAUUUCUCAAUAAGUACAAACUUCAUGGAAUUCUUUGUGAUGAUAUGGGUUUAGGAAAAACAUUGCAGUCCAUUUGUAUUCUUGCAGGAGAUCAUUGCCUCAGGGCUCAAGAAUAUGCAAGAACUAAAUUGGUAGACAGUGUUCCUCUUCCAUCCUUGGUGGUUUGUCCUCCAACGCUUACAGGUCAUUGGGUGGAUGAAGUGAGUAAAUUUUGCUCCAAAGAGUAUCUCAAUCCUUUGCACUAUACCGGACCUCCCACUGAAAGAGCAAGAUUACAACACCAGGUGAAAAGGCACAAUCUCAUAGUAGCUUCAUAUGAUGUUGUACGAAAUGACAUUGAUUUCUUCAGAAAUAUUAAGUUUAACUACUGUAUUCUUGAUGAAGGCCAUGUAAUCAAAAAUGGAAAAACAAAAUUGUCAAAAGCAGUAAAGCAGUUGACUGCCAAUUAUAGGAUAAUUCUUUCUGGGACACCAAUCCAGCUAUCCAGAGGGCACGGUUUGAUUGAUGCCUGGAGGUGUUGGGGAAAUCUAGUCAUCAAUUACCGAGUACACAUUCUGAAGUCACUUUGGUUCUGGCCUAUGAAGAAUAACGUUUUAGAGUUGUGGUCACUGUUUGACUUCCUUAUGCCAGGAUUUUUGGGUACUGAACGCCAGUUUGCAGCUCGUUAUGGCAAACCAAUAUUAGCAAGUAGAGAUGCUCGGAGUUCCAGUCGAGAACAAGAGGCAGGAGUUCUUGCAAUGGAAGCACUUCACCGUCAAGUAUUGCCAUUUUUGUUGAGAAGAAUGAAAGAGGAUGUACUACAGGAUCUUCCACCCAAAAUUAUUCAAGAUUAUUACUGUACUCUCAGUUCUCUACAGGUUCAACUUUAUGAAGAUUUUGCUAAGUCUCGUGCCAAAUGUGAUGUUGAUGAAACUGUUUCAUCUGCUUCACUGAGUGAGGAGACUGAAAGGCCAAAGCUUAAAGCUACAGGACAUGUGUUCCAGGCAUUACAAUAUUUACGAAAACUAUGUAACCAUCCAGCAUUAGUGUUAACAACCCAGCAUCCAGAAUACAAGAGAACCACAGAGCAGCUGGCAGCUCAUAACUCAUCCCUUCGCGAUAUCCAGCAUGCGCCUAAACUGUCUGCUUUAAAACAACUACUACUCGACUGUGGUUUGGGAAAUAGUGGCUCUUCAGAGAAUGGCACAGAAGCUGUUGUGGCUCAGCACAGGAUCCUCAUCUUUUGUCAGCUCAAGAGCAUGUUGGAUAUAGUAGAACAUGACCUUCUCAAACCUCACUUGCCCUCUGUUACAUAUUUGCGAUUAGAUGGCAGCAUACCUGCUGGUCAAAGGCAUUCCAUUGUUUCACGGUUUAAUAAUGACCCAUCCAUAGAUGUUCUUUUGCUUACCACUCAUGUUGGUGGACUGGGACUUAACUUAACAGGAGCUGACACAGUAGUGUUUGUGGAACAUGACUGGAAUCCAAUGAGAGAUCUACAAGCAAUGGAUCGAGCACAUCGUAUUGGGCAGAAACGUGUUGUCAAUGUGUAUCGCUUGAUAACAAGAGGAACUUUAGAAGAGAAAAUUAUGGGUCUGCAGAAGUUCAAAAUGAAUAUUGCAAAUACAGUGAUUAGCCAAGAGAAUGCUAGCCUACAAAGCAUGGGAACAGAUCAGCUUCUUGACCUAUUCACUCUUGACAAGGAUGGAAAAAAUGAAAAAGCAGAUACUACUACUUCUUCUUCUUCUGGGAAAGCCUCUAUGAAAUCAGUUCUUGAAAAUCUGGGAGAACUUUGGGAUCCAGAACAGUAUGAUUCUGAAUACAGUCUAGAAAGCUUUAUGCAUUCACUCAAGUAACCAUCUUAUAUUCUUGAUUCAAUUGCUGCUAGUUCACAUUUUUCUGCUGAUAUUCAGCAAAUUUCAAAGCAUAUAUAGUGAACCUAUAGCUCAAUAUGUAAAUAGACUUCUUGAAAGAAGAAUCAGCAAAAGACUGACACUGAAUAGUGUCAUGUUUCACUGGGGGAAUUAUUCUGUCUUAAAUAUUUGCACUGUAUAAAAAUUUAAAUGUAAACAUAUCGUAAGGUGGUUUGAAUUUUACUUGCUAAACAGAUGCAAAUUCUUAUUGGCAGAGGAAUAAAACACAGCAAGUUUUACAUAUGCUAACAAGUGUUACUUCCUUUUGAAGUAAGUCCACCAUUGUUUCUUGCUGUAUCUGUAGUUUUGUACAAAUAUGUUUCAGUGAGUACUUCAGGUUGUUCGUUUACAUUUUUUAUUUUAAACAUAACUUGCUUUUAUGAUUUAUUAAAGUAAAAAAAUUCAACUUAACAAGUUAUAAUCUUUCAUUCAGAUCAUUUCAAGAUGUACAUCACCAAUGGCAAACCCUAGAAGCUAGAAAGAGUGUUGGGAAACUAAAUGGAACUAGGUUUAUGUGUGCCCACCUCUGUAUAUUGAAUAUAAAUCUAUGAUGCUCUUCAAUCUUUUGACAUCACUUUGAGAGCAGUUGAUUUCAACUUUUUAAUCUAAUGUGUUAUACUAAAUACAGGUAAUGGUCUGUUUAAGGCCAUCUAUGCAUCCCAUUAAGAGGGUGUGCUUUUUUAAUUUAUCUAUCAGGCUAGAAUAUAGCCCCAUUCAGAGACCUAUGUAUUCAAUAGGUUUCAAUCUUAUAUACUUUUUGUAACUAAAAACAAAUAUACAAACAGAACUUUUCCAGAAGUAGAUUUUGCACUGUUUAGAAUUCUAAAAUCCAUGCUGAAGAGACUGUUUACUAUACUAGUGCAUGAAUUAAAACCUCUUAAACAGAAGAUGGGGAAAUAUUUUCUUUAGGGAUAUAGAUAUACAUACAUAUCAUCAGAGAAAUACCUCCACUCAAUCUGAGGGAAUGGAGUAUUUGAGUUAAUCAUGUGACAAAGAUUCUAAAGCAGGAGUGGGCAAACUACGGCCCGGGGGCUGCAUCUGGCCCUUUUAGAUGUUUUAAUCUAACCUUGAGCUCUUGCUGGGGAGGAGGAUCCGGUGCUUGCCCCGCUCUGGCACUUCUGCUGGGGAGUGGGGUUGGGUGCUUUCCCCGCUCCACGCAUGCUGUGCCUUCACAUGGCUCCCAGAAGCAGUGGCAUGUCCUCCCUCUGGCUCCUACAUGUGGGGGCAGCCAGGGGGUUCCGCGUGUUGCCCUCAUCCCAAGCACCACCCCCACAGCUCCCAGUGUCCAGGAACUGUGGCCAAUGGGAGCUGCAGGGGCGCUGCCUGCAGAAUGGGCAGCGCACAGAGGCACUUAGCCAUUCUUCCACAUAGGAGCUGGAGGGGGCCAUGCCGCUACUUCCAGAAGCUGCUUGAAGUAAGUGCCACCCAGAGCCUGCGCCCCUGACCUCCUUCCAACCUCUGAACCCCUCCAUCCCAGCCCAGAGCACUCUCCUGCUCCCCCAAUCAGUCAUCCCCAGCCCCACCCCGGAUCUUGCACCCCCAGCCUGAGCCUCCCAGCCCAGAGCUCCCUCACACACCCUGAACUCCCCAUUUUUGGUCCCACCCCAGAGCCCACACCCCCAGCUGGAACCCUCAGCCCUCCCACACCAACCACCAAUUUCAUGAGCAUUCAUGGCCCACCAUACAAUUUCCAUACCCAGAUGUGGCCCUUGAGCCAAAAAGUUUGCCCACCCCUGUUCUAAAGGGCUUUAAUAGCUGGGAGUGAGUAUACAGCUACUGUAUACAUUAAGCAGCUUUUUAUAAAAGGGAGUCAAUAGUAAAGGUGGUAUGAAUGUUUAUAGAUGUGCAUGUAUGUACACAAUUUUAUAAAUAUAUUAAAUUAUAGAUAAAUUUACAAAGCUGAAUGAAUACAUGUAUUGGAUAUAUGUAUAGAUAUCAAAAUCUACAGUUUGUAGUUUGUUGUGCACUUAAGCGUCAGAGACUAAAAACCAUUAGAGACCUCAACUAUGUAAAAUAACAGAUUGCUUUAAACCCCCCCACCCCACUUAUCCUAUAAAGUAAGACUGUUCUGCUGCAUUUGAAAAUGAAUUUGUCAUAUUUCAGUAGUUACAAACUGCCAUAUUGUAAUAUUAAACUAGCAUUCCAUGAAAAGAAUAAUAAAAACAAAAUUGGGAAUAAGUAA